AUGUUGAUCGAAUGUUAAAAAAAAAACAAACACUUGAUAAUUGAUUCUCGAAGUAUUUUAAAAUGAUUGCUUGUGCAAAAAUAAUUAUUAUUGAUGAGAUCGUAGAUCUUUAACUCAGAAGGUGUGUACUGUUGACGGAGCCAUCUUUCCAGGCCUCGAUGUUAGCAGGUUUAUAGUAAUGGCGCGGCCACGGUUUCCAGGGCGUCCUGGCUGUAGAUACGAGCGAAUAUCUGUUCGCUAUGGCGAAGAAGAGUUUAGAACGCAAAUAGAUCCAAACUUAGGAUUGGUACGAAGCUUUUAUUGUGGAUUGAAACUAUUCCGGGAACUCGUUGGCGAAUCAGACGAGGAUGAAGAAUUUGAAGGUUUCACAUUGCAAGAUGUUCGUGCAAGUACAAAAAAAUACACAGCUAUGCUAUCAAAUUUCAGAAAUGAACAGGACAGUCCAGAAACUUCAAACAAUAGUAGUUCAAUUCCCUUGGCAAGUUGCCAUGGACAUGGUGCAAGCAAAACUCGGCGCCAAAGACUUCGUAAAAAGAUGGCUUCGGCUGUACCUUGUAUAAAAAAAGGAAUAAAUAAUAAAUCUUGCUUUCAUUCGAGCAGAACUGUACAAAGUGUAUAUACAGCAACCGAAAAGGUUGCUACAGCAAAGCUCAAAAAUAUAAAAAUCCGGUUGGAACCUGAUGGCAAGCAAGCUAAAAUUGUUCGUGGUCGUGGACGACCAUCUCUUUAUGUUCAUACUGUAAAAGAAAAGAAACUUGCUAAGUUGUCAGUUGAUAACUCAAAGAAUAUAUGUGACUCUUCUCAAAAACACAAUGCUUCGGCAGUUUGCAAAACUGUUGCAAGUGGCCAUAAAUUAUCAGUUAUUCCUCAUUCAAAAUCCAAACGUUUGGGAAAACAACUAGCAAAGCAGCUAUUACUGAAAGCACGUAAAGGACAUGAAUCUUUUUCUAAAGAUGGCCACGUAGAUGUGACUGCUGCUCCUGGUUACCAUCGAAAACGCUUUAUCCUACCAACUAAAAGUUCCCGUUCUUCUAGAGUCAUUAAACCGAAUAAACGCUUUUUAGAUGAUGAUGGCUAUCAGAUUAUGUUUAGUAAGUCUCAUAAAGUAGAUUCUCACUCAGCCUCAUGGUUUUCUGAUAAUAGUUGUCCAGCUGCUGAGGCUAAUCUGUUACCAUUAGAAGUUGAUAACCAGAAGUGGAAAGAUAGUGGUGAAGCUUCACAAAAAUCUGCUCCAUCGACAGAAUGUAGUAGUAAUGUAAUUAACCCUACCACUCGCCGCAAAAGUAACCAGGGGCAAAAACAUGUCCAAUUAAUUUCUGGUAAUUCUGGAUUACAUGCUGAAAAUUCUACAAAAAAGACUUGGCGUAAAAAUUCAAGAAAUUUAGCUGUUUCAACAGCUACAAAGACAAUUACAUCAUCCAACCUUCAUCUUGGAAAAGAUGUAGGUACAUUUGGAAAAGACAAAACCAAUUCGAAAGGAUUUAUACCUUUUCAUUAUGCUAGUUCUGAUCAAACAGCUCCUUUGAAGUCUAGUGAAUCUCUCAAUUCAGACUUGUCUAAAAAAACUCGUAGGCGGGGUGGUGGUUCAAAAAUGGACUCCCUUCCCCUUGCGCCUACAUAUUCUCAAUUAGGAUUACAUUCGGAGUGUACAGAUGCGAAAAGGGACUGUAAGUCUGGAAUAUUACACACACCUUUAAAUGAAACAUCUCUAACUGGUCCAGCUUUAUCUGAACAAGAUAUAAAUGAAGGUUCUUCAGUUAGAAUCACUGGGAUGCUUGGUUCUGGGCUGGAAUUAAGAGGUUUGAAUACUCCUGGUGAAAAAGGUUACACCUCAACAGAAAGUGGAAAGAUAGGACUUUAUGAUAUGCCUCUUAUUGUUGAGGGAAAACGACAACGGAAACCAAGUUUACGUAUGAGACUUAAACAGUCAGAAGAAAUAUUUGGUGUCCGAGAAACUAAACGUGUAGAUUUGCGUAAAAUUGAAGGUGAAGAAGAAGAGACUAAAAAGAAUCUAGAUAGUGAUAAUUUUAGUCAAGACGAUAAUGACGAGAGGAAUAGUUCCUUUGGAAACGAGACUAGUGAAAUGGAAAACAAGCCUAGUCUACCACAAAUUGAACAAAGUUUGCCCACCCUCCCAACAAGUCCAUUUUGCCCCAAAUUAGAACUCUUCAGCCCCACUGGCUGCGGAGGAUCAUUUGUUAGUCCAAAUGAGAAACAAAAAAUGGUCGAACCAGUUGAAAAAGACGUCGAUGCUACUCGACGAAGUGGAAACAACAUUUUGCGCAAGGCAAAGUUUCAAUUGAAUUGGGCCGCGUUGAAUAGGUCAAAAGCAGCUCUUGCUAGAUCUUUGCGUGCUAAAAUGCGCCACGAAGAAAGGUUGGAAAAAAAGAAACUCCGUGCACAAGAGCAAAAACUCAAACAAACAUCUGCUACAAGUCCUCUUCCUUUAUCAUCUCUAUCGGUUUUAAGUAGAGGCUUGAUAGAUGUACAUGGUAGCCCCAAACAAACAGCAGUAAAAAUAGAAGGUAGUACUGCAAAUCCAUUAAGUCCUGGUGGAAGUACAGUACCUUUUGAGAAUGUAGCAUUGUCAUCAGUAAGUCAAGAUGAUGAAGAUUGUUCUUCGGCGAAAGAAGGUGCUUUGAAGAGAUCAAGAAAGAUGUGUGCUAUAUGUGGAGACAAGAUUGGAGUCUUCCCAUUUUUGGGUGUGCCAUGUUGCACUGGUUGUCGUAAAUUCUACACACUUAAUGCUAGAAGGAAAAAAAAUCCACACAGUUGUAAGAAAUCAGGGAACUGUUCUAUAACUCGGUUAAACAAAUCUCAGUGCAAUGCUUGCCGUUUACGUCGAUGUAAAGAGAUUUUCCCCAGUGACAUUGAUGCAGUUACUCUUGCAAGCAGUGAAAAACAAUUAUCUGAUAACGAUUUGGUGUUCUCUCCGGCAAAAAGAUCCUCACCCUCCGUGAAAAAAGGAGAGGGAAUAUCAUCUACUGCAGUUAGCUGCGAUGAAGCAGAUUUUGUUCAGUUAAUGUCACCAAAAAAUAAGCAAAAUAAUCGCAGGAGUAGACGAUCAAAAGAUAUUUCUGAUGAGAAAUGCUUGAAAGAAGAAAUCAUUCAUAGCGAAGACAAUGUCUGUAAUCCGAGUGAAUCAAGUUCCGCAGCAAAUGAUACUUCCACCUGCCGGACUCCAACUGGUAACAAGGGCACUACUACCAAGUCUGGAAGUGUUCUGAAACUACGUCGCCGUCGCAAGGUGCGCUGUAAACAAUGUGAGGGCUGCCUGGCUGAUGACUGCGGUGUCUGUGUGUAUUGUCUUGACAAACCAAAAUAUGGUGGCAAAAAUGUUAUCAAGCAAGCCUGCAUUAAUCGACGUUGUAAAUUCCCACGCUAUACAAAAUUCGCGACAAAUUCUUUCAUCACACCCAAAAAAGAGAGUUCUGAGAACAAAGUUGAUUCAGAUGCACAAUGCAACAUAUCAUCAAACAGCCAACGAUGUCACCGAAGGGGAGCUGGAAGUGGUGGCAGUGGUGGUGGACAGCUAGACAGUGGCACUUCUCCCGGGUAUCAACCCAAACUCAGCAAACCUAAUGUUAAACUAAAGAGACAGUUUCUUUUUCAACAACUGAAGAAAAGGACCAAAGAAAAGGCAGUGACCCUCUAUGGCAAGUCUACGGAUUCUGUGAACAUGUACGUUCAAGCACCACCAAUGUUUUCAGGAGCAGCUGGGUUUUUGAGCUCAAAGAAUCUUGAACAUAUUGCAAUGCGCAAAUGGACUAGUCAGGAUUACAUGUACUCUCCAACAGCAUACCGUAUCAAGGUUGAUUAUAAGGAUGAUUGUGAUUUAUGUCGUGUAUGGGAGCAGGGUUUAGCUAUCCUUGUUUCUACACCUUUAUGUGUUCGCACUAUGUGUUACUUGUGUGGUAGUGCAGGCCAGCAUGAGUUUGUGUACUGCCAGUUGUGCUGUGAACCAUUCCAUAUGUUUUGCUUGGAAGAGGAUUGGCGGCCAACAGACAAGAACAUUGACAACUGGUGCUGUUAUCGCUGCCACUAUUGUCAAGUAUGUGGUCAACAAAACAAUCUAUUGCAGUGUAAGAAGUGUCACGAAACCUAUCACCCAGAGUGCCUCGGUCCUAACUAUCCAACAAAACCGUCCAAGAAGAAGAAGAUAUGGAUCUGUACGAAGUGUGUCCGGUGUAAGAGCUGUGGAGCAACGACCCCUGGCAACUCGGGCAAUGCUACGUGGAUGCACGACUUCUCCCUCUGUUAUGAAUGUGGCAAAUUAAUGGACAAAGGAAACUAUUGUCCGAUUUGCCGUAAAUGCUAUACAGAUGAUGACUGGGAUUCUAAGAUGGUGCAGUGCUCUUCUUGUGACAGCUGGGUGCAUUCUAAGUGUGCUGGACUCACAGACGAGCUGUAUAUGAUGUUUUCACACCUGCCAGAAGAUGUGCAAUAUAUUUGUUCACUUUGUUCGGAAAAAUCUCCUGCUGAGUGGGAGUGCAUCAUACAAGAAACAAUGCAGCAUGGCUUUAAACGAGUCAUGUUUGCUUUGCAACAUUCUAAAUGUGCACAACAUCUUUUAGGACCGAUGGCUGCCAAGCAAGGAAUAGAAAAAUUAAAGAAAAAAAAUAAACCAAAGAAUUGCAAAGUAAACACUUGUGGUGAUGAUGAUCAUGAUUCUUCUCAAGAUGACUCCGCAGUAACUUCUCUUUCCCUAGGUUUGCCUCACUGUAAAAGUGACCCUUCACCAUGUCACAAUGCACCUGUCUUUAAAGUUCCUCAUACAAGCCCUCGCUCUAAGAGCUCUUCAAUUGUUUGUACUAAAACAGUUGUUGGCUCUCCAAACACUUCCCCUGUCUUUUCUUCAGUCUCUGGCUGUGAUAAAUUGAUUAAGUCUGAAGCUGUAACAACUUACUCAUCCACCAACAAGGUUGCCACUUCAAUAUCUUCAUCUCAAAUCUGUGAUAGCUCACAAACUCACUCUAGUGACAAACUCAACAACUCCAUCUGCAGUUAUAGCACAUCUAGGAAAUGCCUCCUGGAGAGUUUUAACAAAAAUUCAGAAGUUAUUUCUAAUGUUACAUCUCCUCCAAAUAAUUCUUCUCUUCAGACCAAUUCUCCAAAAGAUUCAGAAACAAAAGCUAUUGAUAGUUCUGUUCCUAAAACUACUGCUGUCAGUCUCCCAAAGACAGGCGGUGCUUGUCGCUUCGUAAUGGGACCAAUGUCACCUGCUGGUUUCUUUAGGAGGAAUAUUAGUAAUAGGAGUCACGGUAUCAGUAUUACUAGCACUACUAAAGUUCCAACCACUACAGUUUCAUCUAAUAAUACAGUGAGCGCUAAAAGUUCUUCUAUUGCAAAUACAUUAAUAACACAGUCUCCUCCGACUAAUACUAAUUUAAAUCCUAGCAAUAGUAUACAGACAAGUGAAUCGUGUAAUAUUUCAGGGUUUUCACCUAAAGCAAUUUCAUAUGGGAAUAGUCCUAAAGUUCCCUCAGUAAGUACUGUAUGUUCCAGUAGUUCAGUUAGUACAGUUUCAGCUCUAAAUGGCACUAUUAUGACGCCUAAUAUCGUAUCAUGUUUUAGUGAUACAAAGGCUCAGUCUCCUCAUGGAUCACUUGUAAGCAGCGUAACAACUUGUAGUAGUAGUUUUAACAACCCCAACAAUAACGCACCGUCCGGUGUCAUCCCCAAAACUACUACUUCGACUGAGGUUUCCUUGUCACAGCCACUGGCAACUGAAACUGCAAAUGAUGCAACUCAGAUUUGUACGAACGUUACAACUUCAUGCACGACAUCAUCAACUGUUGGGACGUCUAUGGUUGGUAGCGCAAAUGUGUUGAGUUCGGUAUCUUAUGGGAGUAGCUUUAUAAGUACUGUUUCUUCAACAGCUAAUAUUACUGGAUCGGCAACUUCAAAGUUUCCUGGCACUGUUCCAUCUAACAACACCACUUCAACAACAGCUAGCAUUACCUCUUGUAUUAGCAGUGUAACUAAAUCCAGUGAUACAACAAAAUCAUUGCCUUCUACAGCAGUUAGCACAGUAAUUAAUAAAUCUCCUGUUUUCUCUUCUCCCACCUACAACCUGAACACACACCAAGACACUAACAAUCUUAAGAGUACAAAAUCUUCAGAUAAGCUAUUUAAAGAUAAUCUUAGUACGAAUCAAAAAAAUAAAAAAAACAAAACUACACAUGAGACUUCUAAAUUGAACACAAUAAUUGAAGAAGAUGAAGAAAUUGAUUUUAAUAACAGUUCUAAAUGUUUAGCAACACCUGUUUCCACAGCUCAUUCGACUUCUUCAUCCACACAAACGCCUUCCACAAACAGUAUUUCAACAGCCCAAAGCUCAUUACAAACUACAAACUGUCCUUCUCCUGUACCAUCAGAGGAUAGUACAACAGAUUCAGCGUCUGAAGAUUCUGAUGAUGUGUCAAACUUUAAUUACAAAGAUGUUGCUACUUCUCUUCAAAAAGAAAGGCAGAAACUCUUCUCCGAAGCUCGCAAGAAUAAAUCUCUCUACACUUCAGAUGAUGGUAAUCUUAAGUGUAUUCCUGAGCUAGCACUUAAAGCAGAAAAAGUGAAGGAAUAUCCCAAGAAUUUCCAUGAUGUUAUUGAAAAAAUAAAUAAACUUCACUAUCAGAGUGUUCACCAGUUCAAUGAAGAUAUGGUGAGGAUCAUACAAACAGCUCUAAGUGACAGUGCUGAUCAAACUGUGAGUCGGAAAAGAGCUAACAACUCCGUGCGGUCGAUCUUCAUCAAGCAAAUGGAGAAAUAUUUUCCCUGGUUCAAUGUCAAGGUUUGUGCAUUAUGGAAUCAUCAUAAAAAUCUGCCUGUGGAUAUGUUACCAAAUGCUGUUCUACCACCUUCAGGAGAUCAUACAUAUGCCCAGUGGAUGAUAAGACCAUUUCAACCUUAUUCUACUCAUGAUUUCCCUCUCAGGAAAACUUGUACAACACCUCAUAAAAAACCAGGUUCAUUUUCUUUAUCUCAUAACAACAAAGAUAAUGAGUCGGAGGAAGGUUCUACUGCUGUGGAAGUUUGUGAAGACUUUCGAACAUGUGUACUCUGCUGGAAAACUUCUGAUCUUGAUCCUGAGGAAGAAGGUCGACUUGUGUAUGUUGGCCAAGAUGACUGGAUCCAUGUCAAUUGUGCUUUAUGGUCAGCUGAAGCUUUUGAGGAAGAAAGUGAUGGCACCCUACAAAAUGUUCAACCAGCUAUCAGUCGAGGCAAAAUGAUGCGCUGUGACAAAUGCACCAGACCCGGAGCUACAGUUGGUUGCUGUCACAGAGGGUGUCCUGCCAAUUUUCAUUUCCUCUGUGCCAAACAGGAAUAUUGUAUAUUCCAAGAAGAUAAAAAAGUCUUCUGUUACAAUCAUCGACACAAAGUUGAUGGAGAUUUAGUUGAAGAUAAUGACUUUGACGUGAUUCGCAGAGUUUGCAUUUAUAUGGAUCAUCAGAAGUAUCCCAAAAAAUCUUGGGUAAAAGGCUUACCUGCUUCUGGCAUUAAUGUCAUUAUAGGUUCCUGCACUGUUGAAUGCUUAGGAAAUCUCACACCACUCUCAGAUCGAUAUGAUAUGCUGCUUCCAGUUGGCUUUCGAUCAACUCGAGUUUAUUGGAGUACGAAACAUGCGAACAAGCGGUGUGUUUACACAUGUCGUAUUAGCCUUGCAAAACCACAAUGUCCUAAGAAGCCGAACAAAGAGCAACAAAAACUUCAAUCUGCGGAACACAAUACAACUAAGAUAGAAGAUCCAGAGUUGCUGGAAAAUUCUAAAAUCGAAGAACUUGCGAAAUCUAAAACGUUGACAGCUGAGAGUGCUGAAGAUUGUGGUCGUUUAGGUGGUAUAACAAAUGAUGAUGAUAAUAAUGAAAGUGUUGUAAAAGCUACUUCAAAGGAAAAUGAAAAGGAUUCAGUUCCAGAAUCUAAUGAACAAUCUAAAAAUAUUUCUUCUGAUAAACCAAAACCAACAGACCCCAAAGAGUCAACAGAUUUGGCAGCGAAAGAAAGCUCAAAUGUUGAUUCCCAGUUGGCAGUUGUUGAGAAUUUGGAAGAUAAUAUUGUGUUAUCUAGUGAAGAGGACAAGUUGUUGUUUGGAGAUGGAGCUCAAGAUUUGGAAACUGUAGUUGUUGUUGCUGAAGCAGAGGAUAUGACAGAUGAGGAAGCUAUUCAGCUUGCUAGGGAGGCUCUUCUUGCUGCAGAUAGUAACUUUACUGAGAAUGAAAUCUCUACUGAACUGACUGAAUCGGAUAAGGGAGAGCUUGAUAGCGUGAAAGCUCCUAAAUUUGACUCAGUGGUAGAACCAGAGAUUGUUGAAUGCUCAUCCGAGCAACCUAUUGUGAUACCAUCAUGUACGGAUGGAGAUUUACCUGAUAACAUCAACAGUUCACUUGAUGCCAUUUCAGAGGUACAGGUGCAUUCUGAAUGCGACAAAGAGAUGAUGUACUUUGAAGAUGAUAAUAAGCCUGUUCAAGUGAUUAGCUUCAAUAGAAAAACAUUGCCUCUGAAUAAAAAACCCCAAAAUAGAUAUUCAAAGGUAGGAUCUAGAUUUCAAGAUGAUAAACCUACUCGGUUUUCUCCGAUAUACGGACCGAAAGGAGAUAUAAUUGGACAUAAACUAUCAAUCACUGAUGCCCUUGCUCUAAAAAAUUCCCUACCCUCAAACUCACAGAAUAAUUUGAAAGAUCAUAGCAAAAGACGUUUAAAAAGAUUCUGCUCGAAAAAAAAUGUAAAACUAUUAGAAUUAGAUAAAUCUAGUGGUGGAAUAUUAAAGCAUAGGAAAAUGGUUUCAAGUGAGCUCACUAAUUCAUUGCAUGCUGAUAAGUCAAGAAUUCCUAGUAAUCUUGAUAAAGUCAGCUGUAAUAAAGGAGUACAAGACUUAACAUCUAGUUCUGAAUCAACUUGGCUCAACGAUACUUUUGAUUUAGGAAAAAAUUCAGGUAAAUCUAAAAACUCUCCACCUGUAAAAGUAUACCCUUUGCGACAAACAGUUUCAAGAAUGUGUGAGCAGGCGUUAGCAAAGCGCCCUCUGGAAGCAAUUUCUAGGAGCUGUAGAGACGAUCGUGCUAAAUCAUCCCUCUCAGUAUUGUCAACUGUUGAAACUACAACUGAAGAACAGGUAGUUGUUAAAAGAAGUGAAGAUAUUCCUCUGCAUGACAAAAUUGCAUUGAAGAUCAGGGCGGAGAGCUUAGCUAAAAGUAGUCCGGGGGAGAGAGGACCUUUCAAAUGUCCAACAUGUAAGCGACUCUACAGAACCAAGGAAAGCUUCGAGACACACGUUGAAAAGUGUGAUUUUGAACUAAGCACCAGUGAAGAAGAUGAUGAUGAUCAAGAUGGUCUCCGCUCACCAAGGCGGUACCUUGGAAACCCCCGUUAUCCCAUGCGUAAUUCAACUUUGAUUCAGAGAGUUGCUGCGGAAGUUGAAGCAGAAAUGAAUUUUGGGAAAAAGAUUCACUCAAGGAAACGGUCACAUGAUUCAAUGAGUGGGUUGGAUUCUGAAAGUUUAGACUCAAUACAGAAUAAAGCAAAGCAAAGUCGUAGUCGGAAGUCAGGGGACUUGUGUGGACAGAUUGGAAAUGAACAAACUCAGCCUACAGAAAAUCGUGGAGAGCAAAUUGUGUGUAGUUCAUCUUGUGGAGAUUUUGAAUCAAAAGAUCUUGAUUUGUCAAAUGAAAACAGCACUUCACAAACCAAUCUUAGUAUUAAAGAAGACAAAUUAACUCACUCUAAUUGCCUACCUGAAAGUAGCUUUGCUGAUGAUUCUGAUGCCACCUUAUCACCUGCUCAAUGUGAUCAUAGUUUGUCUUUAAACGAAGAAAGCUGUGAUAAACAGAAUGCAUCGGUUUCUUCUGAAUCCGCUGCCGGCACUCAAUCAACAACUGAUCGCAACAACUUGGAUCUGUUGUCAGAAUUAGCUUCAAAGCUCAGUAAACCACCAAAACCAGGCAAUUGUCAUGAAUCUGAUGCGAAGAGAUUGAAAGUUGAUGAAGAGUCUGGAAGACUUGGCAAACAGAAAUUGGAAGCACUCAACGGAAUUAUAAGUGAAGCUAGUUUUCUGAAACAAUCAGUCUCUCGUGAUAGAGACAGCAUUCCCAGUGAAAUUCUUCCAUCAUCUAAUAGUUCUGAAUCUGUUAAACAGCACAGUACCGUUAUUACUGAUGAUAAGACCGAAAGUUCUCUUGGAGAGUUAUUUACAGACAAAUGUAAAGAAUUAGAAGAUAGUAAUCACAAGAGCUUAUUUUACCAAAUAUUUCACAAUGCUAGUGCCAGUAACUCAACUUCAAAGUCAUUAAAUGUUAUGGACCCUCUUGCAAAAUCCAAAUUUGUAUCCAAAAUGUCUUCAGAUGAAACUCAAACAGAUGAUAAUGCCCAUCAGGAAUUAUUAAAUAAAAACAAACCAAUGUUUAAUAAUUCUAUUUCUAAGUCGCCUAUCGAAUUCUCUACAAAUCCUGUAAAGACCAUCAAUUCUUUUGCAGAAAUAUCACACAUUAACAACCCAGCUAUUUCUUUAGUAGGUACCUCAUCUAAAGCAUCUUUAACACAGUUAACCGCAUCGUUAUCUUCAAAUGUUAAUUCAUCACACAUCUCGGAAUUAAAUAGUUCUAGCACUCAAUUAAUACAGUGCCAAGACAGUAUGGCACCCCAAAUGUUAACCACACCUGUAGUUACUAUGGCAUUAUGUAAUACAGUUUGUAAUGUACAGCCUCAGACUACAUGUGUGGUGGCUCCUGCCCAAAGUGUUCAGCCACUGACUAUGUCCAUGCAAAGUGCCUCUCCUCAUCUUCUUAGUUUGACAUCAGUAAACACCCCAUAUUUCAACACUUCAGACUUAACUUCUUCUGCCUUACCAACUCUUGCAUCACCCGUGUUUAGCCAAGCUGCUGUUACUCCAAUAGCUAUUGCUCCUCCGCUUUCAUCUCAACCACCUCCUACUCCAACUCUCAGCAUCAACUAUGUGGGUAGUUUUGUGUUACCAUCUGCUACUGACCAGCUGGUGAAUAUUACUCCGCCACUCUCAAGCAACCCUUUUUCUUCUAUAGCAACUUCUGUACCUCAGCUCCAGUCUACUGCGAACAUUAACACUUCUGAACCAAUUUCUAAGAUACAAUCAGCUACAACUAUGCACCAUGCACCAAAUACCAUGAUGUUACAAGAAGGCUCAAUGCAAAACAAAUCUCCUUAUAUUAUACAUAAAACGUCUGUGCCUACUAUGCAAAAUUCCAGCUCAGUUGUAAAGAUUCUUGUUGAUAAUCCUCCCACUUCAUUUGUAACUGGGUCUAGUAUAGACUCGAACAGUUCAAACACAGCAUAUAAUUAUAGCAAAUUACUACAGGAAAUUUUUAAAGUAACACAACCACCAACUAUCACGAACCAAACGUCUCUAAUAGCUUCGACAGUAUCUAGCAAAUCUGAUAGUUGUCAAACUACAAGCACUUCGAUAGUUGAAAAUCCAAUGGCUAGUCCAUCGCUAUCAUCUUUACCAAGUAGCAAUCAUAAACGCUCCCCUAGUCGUAAACUUUAUUCUAGGAUUUCUAGAGUGAAGCCUUCUGGACUCAAAGCACCAUUUGUUAUUAAACAGAACUGUAAUAAAAGUCAGCUUGCCGAUUCAGCUGAUGCAGUAAAAAUUGUAUCUGGAGUUGAAGAAAGCAGCAAAUUUAUUCAGAAUAUGGUGAGUCUCAGUUCUAAUUCAGAUAUACAAGUAGUAAGUAAUGUUAAUAAAUCAGUGUUACCUUCUCAGAAAGAACAGUUUAAUCUAGUGUCACGCAAACGGCAAUCUGCUGUGGGAUUGCAAUCAACAAAGCGCAUACUAUCAUUUAUUUCAAGCAAAAAUGGAAUUGUAUCAGAUCAACAGAAGGAAAAAGAAGAGCGUGCGGUUGCAUUUGAUUCCAACAACAACACAGAAGACAAGGCAACUGAAAAUGCCGGAAAUCAAACAUUGACCCCAGCAACUGACUCCCCCAAUCAAACUUCAGAUGCUACUGACUCAAAAGUAUUUGACCCAUUUACACCAAAAGUAACUCUAAGAAAGAAACCUGUGCGAAAAGCAAGAAACCUAAAUUUCCGGAGACGUCCUCGAGAUUUAAGGAAGACAACAUGUCGCGAAGGUAAUCAGCAGAAUGGAGGUGCCCCAUUUGCAGAGGUGGAAGAAGAAGUAAUGGAAACUCCAUUCAUGAGUUCUCAAACGAGAAACUCAACUGGUCCUUUACCCCAGCCUAAACCAGAUCUCAACCUACCACAUCUUGUAUUUGAAAUUUCUAGUGAUGAUGGUUUCUACUGUCGAGCUCAUUCAAUUGAUGAUGCUUGGCGGCAGGUUUAUGAGGCUGUCCAAGAUGUCCGUGCCUUGUCUAAAAGGAAGCAAUUAUCCUAUGCAAAUAUAGAUGGUGCCCUAAUGUUUGGUGUAAGUCAUCGAGCUGUGGUAUAUCUUUUGGAACAGCUGCAUGGUGCAAAGAAAUGUUAUAAUUACAAAUUUAACUAUCAUUCUCCUCCAAGAGAAUAUGAUGAAGAUGAUCAGGAACCUACUGAAACAUCAAGUGGUUGUAUUCGCACGGAACCAUUCAGUACAAGGAAACCAUAUGACAUGUUUAGUUUUCUCAUGUCACGUUACCGGAACCGUCCUCAGUCAAAUCAUGCUACUGGUGAUGAAGAAAUGGCUUUGAAAUCAUCUAGGCGACCGACCAGCAUGGACCUUCCAAUGGCUAUGAGGUUUCGCCAUCUUCAAGCACAUGCUCGUGAAGCGGUUGGUGUUUAUAGAUCUAUGAUCCAUGGCAGAGGUUUGUUUUGUAAAAGAAAUAUAGAUGCUGGAGAGAUGGUAAUUGAGUAUGCUGGCGAAGUCAUUCGAGCAGAAUUAACUGAUAAAAGAGAGAAGUUUUAUGAAAGCAAGGGCAUUGGUUGUUAUAUGUUCCGUAUUGAUGAUGUAGAAGUUGUAGAUGCAACAAUGCAUGGUAACGCUGCCCGUUUUAUUAACCAUUCAUGUGAUCCAAACUGUUAUUCUAAAGUGAUUCAAGUUGAUGGCAAAAAGCAUAUUGUAAUUUUUGCAAUGAGACCCAUCAAGCGAGGCGAAGAGUUAACUUACGACUACAAAUUCCCCAUAGAAGAUAUCAAAAUUGCCUGCACCUGUGGCUCUAGGCGUUGUAGGAAAUACUUAAACUGAAAUGUGUUGCUGUUCAACUAGAUGAGCUAGCUUAUACCUGUCGCCCACUGCCAUCACCAAUUCUGCUUACAUUAUUUUUUUUUUCUCUCUUGAACUCAAUGCUGAUAGGUGAGAAAGGAGAAAUUUCAAGAAACACAUUUUUUGGCCUCCCAGUUUUGGCCUGAUGGGAAAUCUCUAUGGACCAAAGCUUUGUCACUCUUCAAAGUAAAUAAUCUACUAUAAAUAGAAUCUUUUGAAAAACUGAUUCUGUCAAACAGACCAGUUUUCUUUUGGCAAUUUCUACAAUUUUUCUUCAGUUAUGGCGAAAACUACAAAAACAAAAAAUACCAAUAACAAAAACGGUUCUUACUUACUGACGUUAUUUAUUAUCAGAUUUCACCAGGGACUCAUUUUUUUUUUUUUUCCCUUUGAGUAUAUGUGUGUGUGUAUGUAUGUACAUACGUUGCGUGUAUAUAAUGUACAUAUGUGUGCGAGAUUUGAAUAAAUGUUCAUAACUAUAAAACUUGAUUAUUACAAUGAAGAAAAAUUGUAGAAUUAUUCUUUAGAAAUAUAAGUCUUUUUGAGAAAGAUUUAACCAAAAAAAAAAAAAAAGUCUCCUUUCAUGUUGGUAAUAUUGUCUUUGUUUCUUUGUUCUAUUUUCUGAUAAAUUAUAUUGUAAUACUUAACUUUGGUCUUAUCUUUUCACCUCCAAUCUACGAAGAUCAUGUUGCUGUAAUUAGAGAAAAAAAACCACUUUGUUGAUCUUCACAUCAGACAUUCGUAUUACCAGCACAGUUUUUCUUUUUAAGCUAUAUAGAAGCCCCCUCCCAGUUCUCACAAUUUCGAUCCUACCUUCACUCAUUCUUACCUGUUAUUCUUAUAAAGAAGAAGAAAAAAAAAAUUACGUUUUUUGACUAAUGUGUAAAAUCUAUUUAAAACGUUUCACACACAACCCCCCCACAUAGAAGAAAACAUAUUUUUUAUUCAUCAAAGAUAGGGAUCUACAUAUUUUGUACUUGUAUAAUAAAAUAUCAAACAAUUACAAUUGCACACACACACACACACACAUAUAUAAACACACGCCUACACAUUAAUGAAGAAACAUGCACACUCAUUAUGUUUAGUCUCUGAUCUUAGUUUUUAUGUCACAGAUUUGCCAUAGUGCCUAAAAUGAAUAUAUAUAAAUAUACGUAUAUACAUACAUAUACAUAUAUAUAUAUAUAUAUAUAUAUUGUUGUUAUUCAUAUGUUGUAAUUUAUCUUGUUCUAUAGAUGUUGAUUUUGGUAAUUCUGAGAAACACCGUUUUAUAUCCAUCACUGAUAAAGCACUUAUGGAAUGAGGUGAUUAAUCAUGAUAGCUGUUAAAGUUUAUUUUUUUAUUUUUAAAACUUGGAGUUAGGCAGUUGGUGCCUCUCUUGAAAAAAAACCUGACUGCUAUAUUGCCUCCUCCAUCUCCACCCUAGUAAUAAUCAUUUGCUGGCAAAAUGUGUUUUUUUUUUUUUUAAUUUCAUUUUUUUACAUUUUAAUUUUCAUUUUUGUGAAGAAUGUUAACAGUUAACCCUCCCCAUUCUCUCUCUCUCUCUCUCCCUUAUCUCUCUCUCUCUCUUUCUUUGCCAUUAACUCGCUCUAUUGGUUGAGGGGGCAUUGAUCUCAUAUAGUGUAUGAUUUUGUAAAUAUUUGUCUACUCUUCAUUGCUCACUUUUGUUUCGUUAGUAAAAAAAAAGCACUUGACAUUCCUAUAAAACAUUCCUUUCAGUGACUGAUGUUUCUCUCCUAUCUUAGCCUCACUUUGUACUAUACCACAUGUCCUGACAAAACCAUUAAUUCCGUACGUUUCGUGGAAUAAUGAAGCAAACUUAAGGAAGAAUGUAAACAUGGCUAUAUUAAAAAAAAAAAGAAGAGAAUAAAUAUAUAUGUUAAUAUAUAUAUAUAUGUAUAUUAAUAUAUAUAUAUAUAUAUUAAUAUAUAUAUAAGAUUAAAUCUUUAUUAAAAGUACAAUAAAAACGAAAGUGCAAUUUUAAUCUUGUCUGUCAUUACCUAUUCUCAGUUGAGCUUGGCGUAAACACAGUUGCCUCCCUUCCAUGUACAUUACCUGAUAUUCCUGACCUAUGUACCUUAGAUUCACCACAUUCCUUUGUUACCAGUGCAUUUCAUUGAUUUCCAGGCUAAGCUACUGCUUGCACAUGCAGUUGAUUAUAAGAUGCAAUGACUAUUUGGUUAAGAUAUGCUGCAAAGCUCUGCAUUAAGAUUUAGGUUAGGCAUGUUUCGUAUCUUUAAAGGAAGGCAACUAAAUACCUAAUUUUUUAUGAUUAUGAUUAUUUUGCAUCCACUUCUCAAUAAAUGGGUGGAAUGGUUUAUUUUCUUUAUUUUACAGUUUCUGAUAUUUUCAUAGUAUUAGAGCAAUUAAUCAUAUUUGCAUCUGAAUGUCCUUUUCUUAUUGCUACAAUUUUCAGCUAUAAAACAGUACUAGAACUUGUUAGUCAAGCAAUUUGUGAGAUAAAUUAUAUAAUCUACAGAAUAUAGAGAUAAAGCUUAUACUCAUGAUCAGGGGGUUUUCACCCAUUUUUUAUCUAUGAACCCUUUCGAUUAUUAUUUUAAUUUCGUGGAUCCCCAUAGCCAUUCAAUGUAUAAAAACUAGUUUUAUUGAAAACUUUUCUUCAAAAUUCCCAGUAAUUACUGUAGGUUGAACUAUGUAAAACAUUAGAGAAAGAAACCUAGCUGUUUCUUGCAAUACAUACAUUUAAAGCAAAAUUUUUCAGGAGCCAUCAAAAGACUAUUGUGGACCCUCCCUAAAAAAAUAUUGGACCCCAGUUGAGAACUAUUGGUUCUGAGGGUCAUCACAUUACUCUGAUGCUUCCUGUCUCGUAGAAUAACAAAGAUUUAUAUUUUGUUAAAGAAAGGCAUUUUUUUUUUAUUAGCAGGCGUGACAAUCAUGCCAUGAUAGAGCCAAAAUAGUCCAAACAACACUCUUUAUGUUUUAUGUGCAGAGAAAAUGUGUGUCCUUUUGGAGUUUGAAUAACAAAUUUGCUUAUUUUUCUUGCUCGGUGGAACUCUUAAAACUAUGUGUCAGUCAUUUGUUACACUGAUGCAAUCCCACGAGAUUGUGAGGAAGAGGUAUUAAAGUGCAUUUAAUCAUUUCGCAGAAGGUUGGUAAACAAAGUUUGAUCCUGGUGAGAUUUAAAACCACGUAAAUGAACAAAUCUAAAGGCAUUUUAUUUAGUACAGAGUUUUAUGUUCUGAUCUUCUAAUACCACUGGCAUAUGUCAGAAGUUAAUUGAAGUUCAUGGGUAUAUAAUUUGGAACAUGAGUCAUUCAUUUGCAUCCAAUCAUCUUUGUCCCUUCAUUGUUUCACUACAUUAUGUCACGCUAUUUAAUUUUUUUAAUCAUGAAGUUCAUUAAUUGUGUAUGUAUAUUUCUCUAGAGGGUCUUCAGUCAUAUGAGGUUGGCCUAGUGGAUAAAGCUUGUUCAAACUCUGUCAGAAAUAAAUUUUCUAUGUUGGGAAAAAGAAGGCUGUUUUGUAGAAAUAGGGCAUCUGGCAUUGAUAUGAAGAACAUACAGAUUGGAAUAGUUUUUAAUAUAAAAGAAGAAACGUGAAAGACCUCAGACUACACUAACUAGUUUGUGUGAGCUUUGCUUUAUACCCUAUUACCAAUAAUGCUUUAUUGUAUCUUCCUAUAAAAUUAUCACCAUAAUUGACAAAAAGUUACAUCCAUAAUAAAUGAACAUUUUUCUU